GAGAAAAAAAAACAGAAAAGAAAAAAAUGAGAAAAAUUAAACAACAACAAAAUAUAAAAAAAUAAUAGAACUGAAAAGAAAAAAAGGAACUGAAAAUUCAUAUUAUGUAUACGAAAUCAAAAUAAAUUGGGAAAAGCAAAAAAACAACAAAAACAAUUGAAGAAAAAAGAACUUUAUAUCCAUUUUUAAAAAGAAUUUUUUCAUUUUAGUUGUAACGAGAUCGUCGUCGGGUUUAAAUGUGUGCGUCCUAACUAAAAUCACUGUGUACGCGCCAUCAUUAUUCUUUGUGCAAUUCCUUAUAUAUUAUUAUAAAUUAUAAUUUCUUAUUUUUCUCUUAUAUUAUUAUAAUAUUAUAUUGUGUAUAUUUUUACAAUAAUAAAUCAAAUAAUUAAUUAAUUAUUAUUAUAAAUAUAAUUAAAAUUUUAUUUAAAAAAAAAAAAUUAAAAUAAAUUUUUUUAAUUUUUAAUUAAAAUAUUUCUGUGAAAGAAAAAAAUGAGAAUAUAAAAAAUAUAAUUAAAAGAAAAAAGAAAAAAAAAAAAGAGAGAAAAUCAACAAUAUUAUACGGAAUAAAUGUAAAAAUAUAUAAGAAAGAAAUGUAGAAAUAAAAUUAUGUAUUAAAAAAAAUAUAUUUCAAAAUCAGAAUUGAAAAUAAAGAAAAAAAAAAAUGAAAAUUGAAUAAUAAUUUAAAAUAGUUGUUUAUAUAUGCCUAUAAAACAUAUAUAAAUAAAUAAGAAGAAAUAUAUAAAAAAAAAAAAAAUUAGAAAAUAAAUAAGAAAAAAUGAAAAAAUUAAGAGAAAAAAUUUAUAAAAUAUAUGGGAAUUCGCAACGUAUUACUUUUAAAAAUACCACGUAAAACGGAUAAUUUAGAUGAAGAUCAAAAAAAUAAAAUUAUGACAAAAUCGUAAAAAUAUAAAAGAAAAAUGCCCAUCAAAAAACCUUAUUAAAAGCAUUUAAAAAUUUCCUAUACUUCAACUAUUACAACUACUAUAACAAUUUAAAUAUAAUAAUUUUUAUCUUUAAUAUAAUAUUAAUAUUAAAUUGUAUUGGAAAUAAUCAAAAAAAUAAUUUUAAUUUAAAUUAUUUUAUUAAUAAAAAAUUAAAAUUUAAUAAAAUAUCAACGAUAUUAUUGAAAAAAUAUAUAAUAAAUUAUUUAAUAAAUAAAAAAUUUGCAUUAAUUAUUAAAAUAAUAUAUUUUAAUAAAUAUCAAAUAAUAAAAAUAUUAUUAUUAAAAUAUAUAAAAAAUUUAUUUUAUAAAAUUAAAUUAAAAUAUUAUAAUAUUAUAAAUAAUUGUAAUAAUAAUAUAAUAGAAAUUUAUAAUAAAAAUAAAAAUAAAAAUAAUUGUGAAAUUGGCAAUCUAUUAUCAAUUAAUAGUAGCAGUUUCUCAUUCUGGCACUGUCACAAAGCGAUAACGGUGAAUUCAGUAAUAAUUCAAAUAAUUCAAAUAAUAGUGAUAAAAAAACAUUCUCAUUUCAUUGCUGUUGCAUGAUAGUUGAUAUUACCCCGGUAGCACACUGUGGACCUCGUGGUCAAUUAACAUCUGGUAAAGAUGUAGCUGCUGGUGGUAGUAGUGCAGCCUCGGAUACUGGUAGUAGUCUUGGUGGUGGUUUAACACAAUUUGCUAGUAAUUUAUUUCGUUUUGGUUCACAACAAAAACGUGGUGUUUGUGUAUGUAAUGCACAAUGUCGUUUACAGCCAUUAGGUAAAGGACCAUUAGGACCAACAAUAAAAACACAUCACGGUUCAUUAGAUCGUCUAUUACAACAAGAUGAUAUUAAACAUGAAGUAGCUAGAGAAUUUUUACAAUUAACUAAAAAAGAUUCUGUUCCAACAUUAGUAUCUGGUCCUGGUUCUGGGAAAGCAUUACUUGCUACUCCGCCACCAUUACAACAACAACAACAACAGCAACAACAGCAGCAACAACAACAACAACAACAAUUGUUAGAUUCAUCAAUACAACAACAACAACAACAACAACAGCAACAAACUAAAACAAUGCCUGAACAACCAUCAAAAAGUGUUAAAGAAGAAUUUGAUAAAGGUGUUGAAGUUGAAAAAUUUUAUCAUCAAAUAAAUGGUGAUAUUUUUGAGAUAACGCGACGCGUUCGUGCUAAAGAUGAAGAUACAAUGGAGCAAAAAAUUAUCCAAAGACGUGGUUCGUUUCGGCACCAAGGUAUACAUCAUCAUAAACAUCAUUUAAUAUGUAGUGCUAGUGGUAAUGUUAGUGAUACUGGUGGUAUGACAACUGGUGGUGGUAUAUUACAUCAUCAUCGUAGAGAGAAACCUAAACCACCACCACGUGUAUCAUCACGUCAAAAAAGUGCUGAAGCUGAACAGGCAAGACGUGAUUCCGAUAUUGAAUGGUUUAAUAGAGAUGCUCAACAGAGACAUUCAGCCCGUUCUGCUGAAGCAGGUCCAGUACGAGAUGAAACUAUAGAAUGGUUAAGUAAACAGCAAAUUCCACAAAGGACUUCAUCAGGACCAAGUGAAAUUUCAAUAUUGAAAGAUGAAAUUCCAGAAUGGAUGUUAGAGUAUUUACCAGCAAAACGGGAUAAAAUUGAACGUAAAACAUCAUUAGAACAACAAAAAUAUCAUCAGCAUGUGCAUCAACACCAAUAUCAGACACAACAACAAAAACAAAUUAGUAGCUCUUAUGCGAAAUCUUUAAAAGAGGAGCUUUCUGAGUUACUUAAAAAGCCAUUACAAAGGCAAUUAUCUGGUCCAGGCAGUUCAGGUGAAAUGUCAUUUUUUAAGAGUGACAUUGUCGAGUGGUUAACAAAACUUCAAACUACUUCGUCAAAACAAAAAGACGAAGGUGCAGUGCCUAAGCAAACCCGAAUCGGUGAACAUAAAAGAAACGGUAGUAGUGGUGGUGCUUUAGCAAGUCGUAGUUAUUCACAAGAACAAGAACAAAAACCGAAAAAGCGUCAUUCUUUCGGUCACAGUGAUCGGGAAAUAGAAAAAGAAGAAAUCCCUGAUUGGAUACCAUAUCCUAUUUCAAAAGCACCAUCCGGUAAAAGUUUAAAUAUGCCUGGUAGUUUAAUUGAAUUACCUAGAACACCAAAAGAUAAGCAACCACCUGAAAUGCAAAUGCAGCAACAACAACAACAAACACAACAACAAUCUGAUAGAUCUAGAGAUCGUAAACUACGACAUUCAGCUAGUGAAGCAGUGUCGCCCUCCAUUGAAAGAGCAUUAUAUGCUAUUCCGCGUAAAAUCGAACAAAAAUACCAUUAUGUGCCCAAAGAUCAACUUGCAUCGGUUCAACAACAAAUGCAAACAACACCAAGCAGUAGCGGUCGUGAUCGUGAAUCAAAACGUGAACGAUCACGUCGUUAUCAUACACAACGUUCAGCAACUGUUACUGAUAUGUCAAAUGGUGCUGCACAAUCUCGUUCUCAUUCAAAUCAUCAUAAACGUAAAUCAUCAUCAGCUGAACGUGCUCCACGUUCUCCAUCACCAUGUACAGAUCCUUUAUGUCCAUUAUUACCCAUAUGUACGGACCCACAUUGCUGUUAUAUGGAACCGUGUUAUGAUCCAUGUUGUCAUGAAUGUCGUUGUACAAAUUCACUUCCACGUUGCCAAAGUUCAAAAUGUGUUAACGCAAUCAAAUGUAAUUCACUGCCAAGAUGUGCUGCGGAUGUCAGUCGUUCAAUGUUAAUGAUGCAUAGUGGAACUGUUGCUGGAGAAGGUGAUAGUGGCCAAAUUUUCACAACAGCAACUGUAUCUGCAUUUCAACCAGCAACAGUAACAGCAACAACAACAACAACUCAUACACAUCGCUCUAGAAUAAAUGGUUCCACAAAUAGUUUAAAUUAUUAUCGUUCAAAUUCACAACCUAAUACAUUACAACGUAAUGAUUCCCGUGCAUCAAUACCACGUGCUAUUAAACCAAAAAAUAAUGGUGCUAGUAAUCAUAUACAACAUAAUAAAAAUGGUAAAUUAAUGAAAUCAGCAUCAGCUGCAUCAUUAAAUUCACGUCGACGACGUCAUAAAACUGUACAUUUUGGUGAAAAUUUAUUACGUGAAGUAUGUCAAAAUCGUCGACUUAUUAAACCAGAAACUCCGUCCGGUUCAGCACCAAUGCAACCUAAUAUACAAAUGUUAUAUAAUUUUGUUGAAGGUGUAUUAAGUGCAUGGGUUGACGAUGAUGAUGAUCAUAAAUCUGGUGCUGAAUCUGAACCAGAACGUGGUGUUAUGUCGUUAAAACCGAUACAUCGUUGUAAUCGUGUACGUUAUCAAGUAAUACGUCGUGUCGUUACGGAAGCAGCACAAUUACGUGGUAGUUUAAAAUUAGGUAAUUCUAGAUAUCGUCAUAGGCAUUGGCGUGGUACAGCUAAAGAAUGUAAUGAACGUUUCCUAAGAAAGGUAUGUACAACAAAAUUUAUUUAAUAUUAUAUAACAUGAAUCCUCCAUUACUUAGGUAACUAUUUAAAAAAAAAAAAAUUUUAAUAUUUUUAAACCCUUUUAAUUUUUC